UUGGCUUUUUAUUCGUCAUCUAUUUUUAUUCGAACCGAAAAAUCCAGAGUUUUAUUGGAACCAUGUAUGUGAGUCUUAUAUUUUUAAAAAAAACACAAAGUACAUAGUGUGAACACAUUUAUGAAUAUAGAGUGAACGCAUUAGCAUACUUAUUACCAAAUCAUCGUGAAGCUGCCACGUGUAUUUUAUAGUGUGAUUGCAUUUAUUAUAAUAUUUAUCUUUUAAUAUACAGGGAUGUGAUUGUGUAAUGUAUAUACGAUUCUACAAUACAUCAUACGUACUUCUACUUGGUUUAACUAUUAGAAAUAUGUUCAAACCUUUUCAUAUGGUCAACAUUUAUGGGGCAAAUAUAACCUUUCUUAUCCUGCAGAUUCUCUAGACCAAGCAAUAUACACAUAAUAAAAUGAGAAAGUAUCUUUGGAUUGAAAUCUUCUUUAUUUAGAAAGAUUUUAUAGCUAUUUUACCUUAAACCUUUAUAUGUAUUUUUUUUUUAAAACCUUUCUAUAAUUUGUUGUAACUCUCUGUGGACUAGACCGACCCAUAAUAUCAAAGUUAGAAACUCUAUAUAACAAUAUACCCAUCUGGUCCCUAAAACACACACAAACCCUCUCCUCCUUCUCAUUUUUCAUCACCAUGGGAAGAAGAAAAGUUACACACCAAUUGAUUUCUGACAAGUCGACUCGCCGAGUCACGUUCAGAAAACGCAAAGAAGGCAUACUCAAGAAGAUCAAUGAACUAACCAUUCUUUGCGGUCUACGCGCUUGCGCCAUCAUCUACAGCGAUUACAAGGAUGGCCCUGAGGUUUGGCCAAACCGUAGAGAGGUACGUGUUCUUCUAAACCGUUUUAGCGCACUCCCCAAGGAGAAGCAGACCAAAUACAUGAUGGAUCAGAAGGAUCUCAUGACCAGGAUGAUCCAAGACGCAAAGAAGAAGUUGGAGAAAGAGAAGAUGCAUAGCCGUGCGAUGGAACUUGGGACGAUUGCUGCGUUUAAUGAUUUACAUGAUGCUGAUCAUUCGGAGGAUCUGAUCAAAGCAGCCAAUGUGGUUGAGAAGAGGAUCAAUGUGAUCAGAGAGAGGAUCAAGGCUUUGGAAUCAAGAGUAGACUAGGCUUUCAAAAGUUUCUUAUCUUUUCAUGGAUUUUUAAUAGUUUACAAAUAAAAAAAGAUGCUUAAGAUAAAAUUAUGUUGUAUGAUUUGUUUUAAAAAUCUUAAGAGAAUGAUAUGGUUCAUAUGAAUAACUUUGGUCUUCUUGGUAUUUCAAUCGGACUAAUAGAUUGAAUGGACA